AAUUAUUAUGGGAAAUAGUGCAUGAUGUGCGGAUAGGAAGGACUACGACCAAAAAGAGGAGGACAAGAUGAGCAAAAGAUGCUCACAGAAUAAGAAUUUUAUAAGUGAUACUAACUGUGCGUGUAAAUGUGAGAAAUUGAACCAGAAUGAGAGGGAAGGGAAACUGAAUGAGUGUACAAAGGUUACUACUGGUGAUAGGACCCCUUCUUCAAAGAAUACACCUCACAGAAACCCAAUUAUCCCCUAUUUCGAGAUCAGUAACGAUUCAGAAGAUAGCCCAGAAAUUGAUUCGCCAAUGAAAGCUAAAAAUUUGACCCUAAAUCCAAGAAAUAAAGAGCUACUAUUAAAAAAGAAAAUUAGCGCUACUCGUCUAAUGGCUUCAGAAGUCUCUUCACAUAAAUAACAGAAUGAAACGCAAAAAGAACAAGCCAAGCGUCUCAAAACAAAGAAGGAGUUAUCAAAAGAGUAAAGAAGCAAUCAGCUUCGAAAACAGUAUUAUUAGACAGUACUCAAAACAUGGAGGAAUUGCCACUAAAAAUAAUUCAAAACAAAGGAAAUCUUUAUUUUUGGAUUAGACUGAAUGCAUUAAAUGUCUUGUCAUAUUGAGAUAAAUAGUAAACCUAUCAUUUC